AUGAGUAUGCAUGCGGGAUGGAUUAGACAAAGGGGCCAAAAUAGAUUAGCCAAGGCAGAGACUCAGAAGCUAAGUCAGACUAAGCUUCACUAUAGUAGCACAGCCGACUCUACUGGACCUGCUUCUAGGGCGCAGUACAGUAGGAUGACAGAAGUUUGA